ACCAACACGUCUGCCGGCACAAUUCUUAACGGAUUUGGAAAGUGUUUGACAGCCAUUUCCUGUCAAUCGGCAGUACCUUUAUUAUAUGAAUUAUAAUCUGAAUACAAAACAGUUUCAACACAAUGGAUGAUCCAACAGCAAUGACGGAUCGAUCAGCAUUACAAGACCCAUCCAAAAUGGCCGACAAAUUAACAACAGAAGAUCCGAGUGUCUACAAUAUCUAUCGCCAAAUAAAAGCUGAGUGGGACCAUUUUACGAAUCCGUGUGAUGACCCAAACAUCCCAGCAACAUCGACACACCCUUUUAAUGGAGAUCCAAACAUAUCAGUGGCAUUGAAACAUCCUUUUAAUGGAAAUCCAAACACCUCAGAGACAUUAACAUGCCCUUAUGAUGGUGAUCCAAUUGACACAGCAUCAUCGACACAGCCUCGCGACAGAGAUCCGAAUGUCCCGGCGACAUCUAAUACAUCAGGGAAUAGCUUCCUUGGACAGAAUUAUAACUCACAGAUUCCUCUAAGUUAUAAUAACACCUCAGAAAAUCUGACUUUUCAGAGAUGUGUGAUUAAGAUGGAGGAUGAGGGUUCAGAGAGUGACGGCCCAGAAAAUGCUCAACAGUGUAAUGGACUAGAGGAUGAUGAAGAGGCUUGUGAUGAACAAACUGAUGAAAUGGACAGCCCUUCUGAACAGGAUGACACCCAAUCCACGGACAAACCUCACAAGUGUUCACGCUGCGAGAAGCAUUACCGGACUAAAGGAUUGUUGCAGACACACUUCAGAGUUCACACUGGAGAGAAACCAUACUCGUGCAAUAUUUGUUUGAGUAGGUUCACCGCUGCUGGUAGUCUAAAGACACAUCACCUCAAAGUACACAAACAGAAGCUAUUUACUUGUGAGAUAUGUGGUAAGGGUUUCAACCUACCCGGCUCGUACCACGAACACCUCUGUGCUCACAAGGGAGAGAAACCCUACACAUGUGAAGUUUGUGGGAAAAAAUUCGCGCGAGCAAUACAUAUGAAAACACAUAGUAGAACUCACACUGGUGAACGCCCCCACAAGUGUGACGUCUGUGACAGGAGUUUCAGUCAUUCCGCAUCAUUACAAAGACACAUCCGAAUACAUACUGGUGAACGACCGUUCAAAUGUACGUUCUGUGAAAUGGAAUUUCGUGACCAAGGGUCAUUACAGAGUCACAUCAGAAUACAUACCGGUGAAAAACCAUACGCUUGUAAAAUUUGUGGAAAACGCUUUAGUCAAACUGGGCAUGUUCAGAACCACUUGCAAACACAUACAGGGGAGAAGCCCUUUAAGUGUGAUGUUUGUGGGAAGCCCUGCGCUAGCACGGGAGAUUUGCAAAAACACAUGCGGGUACAUACGGGAGAAAAACCUUUCAAGUGCGAUAUUUGUUGGAGGGGAUUCAGUGAGAUUAGCUCAGUGACAAAACAUAAACGGAUACAUACAGGAGAAAAGCCAUACAAAUGUCCUAUUUGUGGGAAAGCAUUCGCCGAAUCAACUUCUGUUACGAAACACAUUCGUGUUCACACUGGUGAAAAGCCUUUCAUAUGUGACAUAUGUGGAAAGCGUUUUAAAGAAGGCGGAGGUUUGAGGGUACAUCGAAUGACGCACACCGGUGAGAGGCCAUAUACAUGUGGAAUUUGUGGUAAAGGAUUCAUUCAGACUGGGAACCUACACACUCAUCUGUUGAAGCAUGCAAGUGUCAAACAGGAAGGCUCAACCUGUGCUGACAACCCAUAGAUAGCUAUCAGUCUGUUCUACUGACAACCCAUAGCUAUAGGUAUUAGUCUGUUCUACUGACAACCCAUAGAUAGGUACUAGUCUGUUAGAUACUGACAACCCAUAGUUAUGUAUUAGUCUGUUCUACUGACAAUUGCAACCCAUAGCUAUAGCUAGGUAUUAGUCUGUUCUACCGACAACCCAUAGAUAGGUAUUAGUCUGUUUUACCGACAACCCAUAGAUAUGUAUUAGUCUGUUAGAUACUGACAACCCAUAGAUAGGUAUUAGUCUAUUGUACAGACAACCGAUAGUCAGGUGAUGUCAGUCACCAUGGAUGAUUGACUUAACCCUUUCACCCCUAAGUAACUUCAGUAGACUCUAUACCAUCCAUUUAUCUGGAUGAGUCCAUUGUGGUCCACAGUGGUUAAAGGGUUAAAUAAUAGUAUCAUUGACUUCAAAUUUAGUAACUUUUAAUGUCUAAGUGACCUCUGAUGGCAUGUAUGGUGGCCUAUGGCCGUUUGUAAUGUCAUGCAAACUUGUGAUUUGAUGUCGGUUGUAAUAUAUAUGUACUAGUGACUUUUAAUGUCAGGUUAUAUAUAAUUAAAAUCCUUAAUGCAUGUCAAAGCAAUCUAAUUAAGACAAGAGUUUGUAAUUAUCCCCUGUAAUUAAUACCAUGGUGACUUGUGUUACCAUGGUGACUUGUGUGGCCAUGGUGACUUGUGUUGCACUGGCAACUUGCAAUUGUAUGUAAUACUAUGAUGAUAGUGACUUGUGUUGCCAUGGCGAUUUGUAAUACCAUGGUGACUUGCAAUUGUAAUACCAUGGUGACUUGUGUUGCCAUGGGGACUUGUCAUCAUUAUAUUUACCUUUGAUUUGUGCUUCUCAUACAUAUGUAUAUGUAGCCAUUGUUGUGCCAGUUAAGCAUUAGUUUCAUUGUAGUGUUUAUAGGAAGUUUCAAAGAACAUUAUAACAGAAUGAUAAACAUUUAAACUUAAGGAUCUUUGUCUGACUACACUGGUUUUCUUAAUAAAGUUAUGAUUUCCCUUAAUUUUGUUUUUGAUCACUUUUAGGCCAGUACACUUCCAUUGACCAUGAAGCUCAAUGCAAUCAGUUAGAACAAUAGUGUCAGAAUAUGAAGUCCCAGGUUCAAAUCCAGUUCAACCUCAUUGGAUUUUGUUUGACGCUCAGGUCACUGUUGUUGAUUUUGUCUCAUGUUAUCUCAUCUGCUCUAUUUUCAUAAAUGUUCUGCAAGGUAUGGUUUUCUUUUCAAAAAUUAUUUAUCAAAGCUAUAGUUAUACCGGAAAAACAGUUUGCAAUGUGCAUUUUUUGGCAGCGGUAUGCAUGGGAUCCACAAUAUAUAUGAAACAAUCUUACAACCACAAAUUCAGCGCUGCAUUUUUUACAUUGAUGCAAAAGUAACAUUGUGUGAAUGGAAGCUUAAGAAAAGCUGUAUUUUUGUUUAAUUUUAAUGGAACUCUUUUUUAAUGGAGAUUUAUAUCACAUUAUUGUAGCAUACAUAUAUCCUUGAGGUUUUUUUUGUACUUAACUUAAUAAAGUUAAUUACCUUAUAUAUGUAUGUGAAAGUGAUGUCUAUAGCUACUGUACAUUGUACAAAGCAUAUACAUAAUAAUGUAGUAAGGUUAUAUUUUGACCGGAGCUCCAUACUCUGAUAUAUUUAUUUGUAGCCAUGUAGUAAUGCGUAAAUAAAAGAAAAUGCCAUUAAAUGAUCAAG